CAGAGACUGCGGACACAGUACAGGGAUGACCAGAGACUGCGGACACAGUACAGGGAUGACCAGAGACUGCGGGACACAGUACAGGAGAUGACCAGAGACUGCAGACACAGUACAGGGAUGACCAGAGACUGCGGACACAGUACAGGGAUGACCAGAGACUGCGGACACAGUACAGGGAUGACCAGAGACUGCGGACACAGUACAGAAGAGCAGAGACUGCGGACACAGUACAGGGAUGACCAGAGACUGCGGACAGCACAGGAGAUGACCAGAGACUGCGGACAGCACAGGGAUGACCAGAGACUG